CCCCACUCUCUCUUUCUCUGUCCGUCUCUCUCACCAUCCCCUCCCCUCUCUUCCUCCGGGUGACCACACUCAGCGAUUUCUAUGUCCUACGGGUGUGAUGUCUCUCCUCCACAAGCAAUCAGCUCUGAUUUGUCAGCGUUCUUCCAGGCGAUUCAUAUAAAUUCAGCAAGCACCUACAAAAGACGCCCGUGUCCCUCCCUGCGCUCGCUCCCUACCUCUGUGCUCCGAGCCGCGGCUUUCGUCUCCUGCUCCCUUUUUGCCAGACGCACACAAAAGACGUGAAAUCGUUAAGAGGAGGCGAGCAAGGAGGACAUCGGUGUCCGGUGUCCUCGGCCGCGUCUCUCAAGAGGGUGAACUUGUCAAAUGCAAGGGCGUCGCAUCGCAGUCCGAUCAGUGCAGCAAGUCUCUCUCACAAAUUCCCCGUCACAUUUGUUUUUUGGGGACGAUUCUAAGUGUUUCUUCUUUGUGCCCGUGUGAGCUCGCCUCUUUGUGUCUGUGAGGUAUGACACGGAGCAGCUGUGCGUUGGACCUUGUCUGUGUUGCGCUGCCAUGCCCUGUCAUUGGUGGCCGUCUGUUGGCAGCAGCCUGCGCUGGAGGGCUGCGGCCGAGGCUCAAUCAUUCCACGGUGUCAUAUGGUGAGCUCUGAGCCGUGCCGAGCCGUGCUGAGCCGUGCCUACGAUGCUACCCGACACAGCUGUUUGACAGAAAAGCGCCUCUUCAACCUGGACAAUGUGCCAUCUCUCUCCAUUUAAGAAUCCCGCUGGUUUGUGAACAAUGUUGGGUCUACGCAGCUGAGGGGGAAAUGAUCGGCUUAUAUGAAAUUUGGAAGAAGCGGCCUUUUUUUUCUUCUUUUUUCCCGACUCCCAUCCCAGUAGCUAUUAGUGGAGUACUUUCCUGUCUAUUUGUCCAUUAUCUGUGCAUCAUCAGGCAGACCAUUAUCCCAUUAUGUUUUGCAUCUGUGGUCCAAAUGCUUCCUGGAAAUGAGUCACCACAAAGGCCAGUGAAAGACCAACCGGCAGCACAGGUGGACGCGGCUCUCGUGGCAUGACUACCGCAAACAAGGGAAACAAGGCCUUGAAGGUGAAGCGGGAGCCGGGAGAAAAUGGCACCAGCCUGACAGACGACGAGCUGGUGACCAUGUCGGUGCGGGAGCUGAACCAGCAUCUACGGGGCCUGACGAAGGAUGAAAUCCUUCAGCUGAAGCAGCGGCGGCGUACCCUGAAGAACCGAGGCUACGCCGCCAGCUGCCGGGUGAAGCGUGUCACCCAGAAAGAGGCGCUGGAGAAGCAAAAGUCUCAGCUGCAGCAGGAAGUGGACAAGCUGGCCACAGAGAACGCCAGCAUGAAGGUGGAGCUGGACGCUCUGCGCUCAAAGUACGAGGCCCUGCAGAUCUUUGCUAGGACUGUGGCCCGCAGCCCCGUCAUCUCAUCCAGGGGCCCUAUGGCCUCCGUCAUCGGGCCCCUCAUCCCUGGUAAAGUAGCUGCCACCAGCGUCAUCACCAUCAUCAAAUCCAAAACGGGGGCGAGGUCGUAGGAGCAGAAAACGCAGCAGGAGGAAGAUGUUCAAGACUAAACGAGUCAGUGCAUUGUAACAUGCCAGAGGACGACCGGUGUGCGCUCUCAGUUUUAUCCCGUGGCACGAACACUAACGACACGCUUCCCAAAUUCCCUCCUAAAGUGUGACUCGGCGGUCUGCACCAGUCGACAGACGUCUCGUGCUUCAGGACGACGCAGUCGGUCGUUGAAGAACGGCGACCGACUGGCAAUGCUGACACGUUUCGUUUUAGAAAGCAGAUUGUGGUACAAAUACUCAAAAAGGCAAUAUUGGGUGCAAAAAGGUAAAUUCCGACUGUUAAUAGCUCGUUGAUGUUUGGAUCGUGUGACGUGUCCGUUUCCUGAGCUCUUAAGAUGUUUCCGUCCAGAGAAUUGGCACUUGUGGUAUAAUAAUACAGUUUAGACAUUAAGCCCCUAAACCUCUUUGCUUGUUAUUAUGCACUGACUUGAAUUUGGAUGAAUAACAAAUGGUCACAUGCUCUCGGUGUGAACGCUACAGAUGUCUUCAUAACAGCCUGACGAACCCAAAACUAGUAAUUGAGUCCAAUUUGUGAUUUUGUUGGUUGUCUGUCAAGACUGUAAGAAUGAAAUAAUGCUCCCAAAUCUAGCAUUAAUUUCUGUUUAUCUGUGACAGGCUUCAAUGAACUUGUCAUUGUCAAUAUGACUGGUAGAUGCAAUAAUGUAUGUAUGCACUGAAAAUACAAAGAGGUCUCACAUAUGUAUGGUUAAGUGGAAAUGUUAAAAAUGAUCAGCAGUUCUUAACGAAAAUGUUCCAGAGCUGAGUGCCAUUCCAAUAUGAUAAGAUUCUUCUACGAUAUCUGAAUACCUGAAUGUUAU